UGAUCCCGUCUGCGUCGUUCACAGAGACAGACACAGAGAGAGAGAGAGGGAGAAAUUCAUUUCGGAUGGAUUUGGGUGCGGCAAUUUUACUGUAAGAAAGGAAUCAGAGUGGGGAGAGUUAUUUAAAAAAAGAUAAAGCAGCAGGGAGGAGGAAGAGUCACAUCAGCUCCUUCCUGAAGGUGAAACUGGGGACUUUAUUUUUCUCUGUCUUCCUCGUUGCAGUUUUUGUUUUAACGAGACUUAUCGAGUCUUGGGAAAUGCCGUGGAUUGCCCGUCGUUUCCUGCUUUGAAAGGACUUGGUAGUUUUUUUUCACUACCUCCCUCCCCCCUUCCCCAUUGUCGUCUCUUACUCCAUUUUAUAUUAUUUUAUUUCGCGUGCGAACCUUUAAAUUCAGCGAAGGAUCUGAAAUUACUUCCGAGACGAUAAACAGCGAGGGACUUGUUUGCGUUAUUGGAGGGGAGGGGGGAAGGAAAAAGGGGGGAAAAAAACUUGAAAAACUUGGCCGCACAAAAGAUUUAAUUGGUCUACUUACCAUCGACAGGGGCUUGUGCUGAGAACUCGCGAGUUUUCCUUUAAUUUUGUUUUAAUAUUCACCACCCCCCCAAAAAAAAGAGACAAAUUGUUUGAACCUGCCUCUGCAUUCAAUUUGCCCCAAAAAAAUCAAACGCGGAACUCCCCUGAAUCGAACCUUUGUGGAUUGUUUUGAAGUUUAAAUCGGAAGCCGAUGAAGAAGCGGGCCGUCUGGAUCAGUGGCGAGUGAAGGGAUUGUGAUAAUCUCUAUUGGGAAGGAGCGUUUUCCUCUGAUGUCAAGACAUGGAAUAGUUUACUUUAAGGUCCAAUGAAGCUGAACCAAGGCACUGACUGGAACAUAGGAAGAAUCAACAUAUUCCAAGAAUCCUGAGUCGUUCCACUGUGUUUGAUCAUGACGACAAAGCGUAAUUUAUUUGGAAGGCUGGUGCCAUGCCGCUGUCUAAGGGGAGAGGAAGAAGCUGUCACUGUGUUGGACUAUUCUCACUGCAGUUUGGAGCAGGUUCCCAAAGAGAUUUUCCCUUUUGAUAAGACCUUGGAGGAACUUUAUUUAGAUGCUAACCAGAUUGAAGAGCUUCCAAAGCAACUGUUCAAUUGCCAGUCCCUGCACAAGCUGAGCCUGCCGGAUAAUGAUCUGACUGUUUUGCCAGCAUCCAUUGCAAAUCUCGUCAAUCUCAGGGAAUUGGAUGUCAGCAAGAAUGGAAUUCAAGAAUUUCCAGAAAAUAUCAAAAACUGCAAGGUCCUAUCUGUGGUUGAGGCCAGUGUAAACCCUAUUUCAAAGCUUCCAGAUGGCUUCACACAGUUACUAAACUUGACUCAACUUUACUUAAAUGAUGCCUUUUUGGAUUUUUUGCCAGCAAACUUUGGAAGAUUGACCAAAUUGCAAAUAUUAGAGCUACGAGAAAAUCAGCUGAAGAUGUUGCCAAAAACCAUGAGCAGACUCACCCAAUUGGAGAGAUUAGAUUUGGGAAGUAAUGAAUUCACAGAAGUGCCUGAAGUAUUAGAACAACUGACUGCACUAAAGGAGUUUUGGAUGGAUGGCAAUAGACUUGCAAUUCUCCCGGGGUUUAUUGGCAAAUUAAAGCAGUUGACCUACUUGGAUGUUUCCAAAAACAAUGUGGAAAUGAUUGAUGAUGCCAUAUCAGGUUGUGAGAACCUUCAGGACUUGCUGCUGUCUAGCAACGUGCUCCAACAGCUCCCUGAAACAAUUGGAUCUCUUAAGAAGCUAACUGCGCUCAAAGUGGAUGAAAACCAACUGCUAAGCUUGCCAGAUUCAGUGGGAGGGCUUUCAUGUUUGGAAGAAUUUGAUUGCAGUUUUAAUGAAAUUGAAGCUCUGCCUCCUACAAUUGGGCAAUUACAAAAUCAAAGAACAUUUGCAGCAGAUCAUAACUUCAUAACAGAGCUUCCUUCAGAGAUUGGUAACUGGAAGAAUGUGACUGUGCUGUUCCUUCAUUCCAACAAAUUGGAGUACUUGCCUGAAGAAAUGGGAGAGAUGCAGAAACUGAAAGUCAUUAAUCUCAGUGACAACCGAUUAAAGAAUCUUCCAUUUAGUUUCACAAAACUGCAAGAGCUAACAGCGAUGUGGCUGUCUGAAAACCAGUCCAAACCACUUAUUCCUCUUCAGAAAGAGGUGGACCCUGACACGCAGAAGCAAGUCCUCACCAAUUACAUGUUCCCUCAGCAGCCUAGGACGGAAGAUGUGUUGUUUAUCUCGGAUAAUGAAAGUUUCAACCCUUCGCUAUGGGAGGAGCAGAGGAAGCAACGAGCCCAAGUGGCCUUUGAGUGUGACGAGGACAAGGAUGAAAGAGAGGCACCACCUCGGGAGGGUAACUUGAAAAGAUAUCCGACACCAUAUCCUGAUGAACUCAAAAAUAUGGUUAAAACUGCACAGAGUGUGGUACAUAGAUUAAAGGAUGAUGGAACAUCAGAUGAUUCUGGAACUGAAAUGAAGCAGAAUGAUGACCGAUCAGUCACAACAAAAAAUUCUGGUGUAGAGGUAACGGAAUGCACCAUAGAAUCUAACACAUCAACAGAAAAUAUUGAAUCAAAUACAGUAGAAAAUUGCACAAAUGAAAAUAUCAAGCAAGGCCUGAAUGACAAUGUGGAAACUAUCCAAACAAAUGCAGUUGAUGAUGAUGCUGAAGAUACAAGCAUAGCUGCCAACGAUGACGAUGUACUUGAGGAUACUGAAAAUACUUCUUCUGAUGAAGAGAUGAAGAUGGCAGAGUUAAGGCCCCCCUUGAUUGAUACACCAAUCACUCAACCAAAAGUUGUUGCUCUGUGUAAAGAGAAAAGAGAUGAUGCCGAUUCCUUAUUUGAGGAGAUAAUUCCAAACAGUAAUCAGAACAACAGUAAUUGUUCGUCGCCAUCCAGGAUAUCGGAUACAGUUUCCUUCAACACAGAAAGUAGCCAGGAAACCUUGCAUUCAACCCCUGACAAAACUGCCAUCCCACUUCUUAAAAGAAAAAAUCGAGGUGGUCUUCACGAAACAUCUCCACUAUUACAAAAUGGAACAAGAUCCAAUACACAAUUCCAUAACACUGUGAAAACUCAUGAGAACAUUGAUUCUCCGACGGAGAACAAAGAAGUUAGUAAAUUGCCUGAAUUUGAAUUGAAUGUCGAGCAGAAAAUAGCUCUCCUGCAGAGAGAAAUGGAUUUGAAUAGUAAUAUGCAGCAAUACCAGAAAUUACUCAAGAUUGGUGUGAAUAAGAAUGAAAUAACUGCAGAUGAUGUGGUUCAGACAUUAGAUGAAGUGACUAAAUGUAAAAGCACUGUUGAUGGAGGUAUAAACACCCAUGAACACUCAUCAGGAAAUAUUGUGAAAGGUAAUCCAAAAGAAAUAGCAGACCAUUUAAAGAAUGGAAAUGAAGUACCUAAUGUUUUGCCUCAAAACCAAGUAAAUGGACGCCCAGAGGAAAUAAGACAACCUGAAUUCUGCACUGAAGCAGAACAACAAAGUUCACCUCUGUUUUCAGAUGCUGAUGCUGCUAUCUCAGGGAGUGCUGAAGAGCUAUCUCCACAGAGGGAGUAUCCUCAAGGACCAGUUGUCAAAUCUCACAGUAUAACACACAUUGACACGGGGGGGUUAAAACUUUAUGAUAUCAACGACAAUGGACCACAUGAGCAAGGCUUAAUGGUAAGAACACCCCCUGUAGCUGGACAGGGACAAAAUAUAAUCCGUAGUAAAUCGGCCAGUCUUCUAAGUGAUCAGUCAUUGCAACCAUUUAGUGGAAAUUCCUCUUCUUCAUCAGACCUUCUUUCUUGCAAAAAAGCAGUGUAUACAUUUGAUCAAAACUUCAAUCCUCAAGGCAUCAGUUUAAAAAGAGGGCCUGUAGCUGUUGCACAGAUGCCUCCAGUACCUCAGUACAAUGUCCAGUACAGUAGCAGUGGGAUAACCAAAGAGAACAUGUGGCCACAGAGACCAGCAUUUCAAAUCGAGCAAGGUAAUUUAGGAUCUCAUCACCAUCAGCGGUCUGAGACACUUGACAAUGCCAAUUAUGUAAAGCAUUCUGCAAACAUGAACUUCUCCAAUCGCAAUAAUGCCCAGUCCAAUAUGUCCUACAAUAUGCAGCCAAGGAUUGGAGCUCGCCAAGUGGAAGUGUGGGGAUGCCCACCAAGCGAGAGAUUGAUUCAGGCCAGUCAGAGGUCCACCUUGCAGAGACAGAGUAGUGUUUCAUCUGCUUCCUCUGUCACUCUUCCUGAAACACAUCACUGCAGGAGAGUCCCAGUACCUGAAGGUGAUUAUAUGACUUACAGGGAUUUACAUACACUUGGAAGAGGCCCUCAGAUAAUCCAGGGCUCACAAAGACCUCUGUCUGCAAGGACUUAUAGUGUUGAUGGUCCAACUGCAUCUCGGCCUCAUAGUGCCCGGCCACAUGUAACUGAUGUUCCAGAGCGAACAAUGUCCAUCAGUGAUUUCAAUUACUCACGGACUAGUCCAACUAAAAGACCCAAUGUGAGGGUGAAAUCUGAGCAUUCGCUUCUCGAUGCACAGGGGACCAAUAAGGUGCCACCUGAUUGGAGAGAGCAGGUGUUGCGUCACAUUGAAGCCAAAAAGUUAGAAAAGAGCAUGCUGUCUAGAUCGUUUAAUUUCAAUUAUGCUGCUUUUGGCAGCAUGCACUCUGGAAGCUGUAGGGAACUGCACGACAGCCAGGGCAACAUUGCCUUGAGUGUUGCAGAGAGAAGGAAUUCUGGAGUGCACAUGUUCCGUUACCCAUCACAAGGUAACAGUAUUGGAGACCCAAGUCAAGAUGAUGUUUUCGGACAGCAGAAUUAUUCAACCAGCACACAUGUGAUGAAGGAUAUUCCACCAGACAGUAUGAGAAAAGUGCCUUUGACAAAUGGUCAGACAUACCAAUCUUCCAGAGUUCCAAUUAACUGCAACCAACCCCACCACACAAUGUCUCAAGCAACCAUUGGGAGACAUCCUUCUCGGGAACAGCUGAUUGAUUAUUUAAUGCUAAAAGUAUCCCACCAACCUCCACAUUGUCCAACACAAAGUGCGUCAGCAAACCAUUUGAUGAGACAAGGUCGUGAUAUUAUACAGCAGGAGAUGCACAUUAGAAUAGAUAAGAAUCCUGAGCUGGGUUUCAGUAUAUCUGGAGGUAUUGGAGGUCGAGGGAACCCCUUCAGACCUGAUGAUAAUGGUAUAUUUGUAACUAGAGUUCAACCAGAAGGGCCAGCUUCAAAACUGUUGCAGCCUGGAGAUAAAAUAGUUCAGGCAAAUGGAUACAAUUUUGUUAAAAUUGAGCAUGGACAAGCGGUGUCACUAUUAAAAACCUUCCAGAAUGCAGUGGACUUAAUUAUCCUGAGAGAAGUUGCAUCCUAAUGAUGUAAAUCAUGGACAAAAAAGAAAUCAACCAUUGUGACCAGUUUUUUUUUAAAUAAGUAAUUCCAUAGCAAAAUGCAGCUGAUAUCACUUUUUACUGGGAGUUGGGAGAGGGAUCAAUGGACUAUAAAAUGGUCAGAUAAGUUUAGGCUGUAAAGUAAUUUGUUGGCAGUGUAGAGCUUUGGUAUAAGGGGCACAACCACUCUGUAUAAUGGUAAGGGUGUGGAUCCAGGGACUGAAAUAGAUUAUGGAAGCAAAUAUUGCAGGAUGAAGAAUUAAUAUAGUAAACAUCAAAAUCACUCUUAAUAUGAACAAACCUGUGUGCUUUUCUGUACAGAAUUUAGGUUUAUUUUUGGAUAAUCUUAUACAUCACUAAAUAAAUUGUACAAGGCUUAAGUAGUGAGCCUGAUUUUAGCUUAUGAACAGGUGGCAGGGCUAUCUGUUCCAUAGAUGUAUGCCUUUAUUUUUAAUCACCUUUGUAUAAUUGUUAAACGCUGAAACCUAUAUGUUUGAUGUACAGGAGCUGGAAAAUGGAUGUUUGUGCAUUGUUUAGACGAAUGGGUAGGCGAAUGGCUUGAGCAUAUACAAUAAAGUGACCUUGCUAUGAGGAAAUGGGGAAACUGCAUAUGGGGCUAGGUUGCCAAAAAGUACAACAGUGUGGUUACAUGAUGGAGAAGUUAUUAUUCAAAGUUGGAUUGGGAAAGGAAGAGUAAAUGAAACCUGUCAGUCUGAGAUGGUCUGUUACAAACAGCAUGUUCUGAAAUAUGAUUGGAUUCUAAAGUUAUUCAAGGUUUCUUAGUGUUUUUACAAAGCGGGGAUUGUGGUUAUGUUAUUACUGUAUGAGAAUGUUAUUUUGUUACACUGUUAUCAUUUCUAGUACAUUUGGCCAAUGUUUUAAAAAAAAACCUUUCUAUCUUUACUAAAAGUGGGUUUCAUUAACAAUACUGAUACAUAUUGGUCAACCUUGCGUAUCACAGUGGAAGUGCCAUAGGAGACCGAGAAUUAAGUUUUUAAUAGAUUCUACCCAUGCAAAGAAGCAAUACUGUCUGUAUAUUUAGAAGAAAAAAAUCUGAAUUUAGUAAUGUGCUUAUCUUUUAAUCUCAAUUCCCUGUAAAAUUUCUAUACCAAGUUAAGCAUUAAAUGAGUUGAUUUAUUUUAUCAAAUGUACACUCAAGAUUAUUUGAAUGAAGCCCUACAAAUGCUCCCAUGAUGGUGCUAAAGGCUAUUUUCCUAAUGUUGGAAUCAAAUUGAUCAAUAAAGUUGUUCUAAGGGUAUAGCAGAAAUAUUUGUAUAUGUCAGCAGAAACAAAACCCUCUUGGGUAUCUUCUGUAUUUUGCAUCAGCUCAUGACUUCAUAUUUCUUGAUUGUUGGUAUUCUGUAGCAGCAUUCCCAUGAAGGUAAAUUGUAUAAGAGUUUGUUGUGUGUGUUGAAAGUUUUUUUAAAAAAAAACUUCGUUUUUUUUAAAUAAGAUUUGACACCAGGUCACAAGCUGUGUUGAUUGCUAACUUGGUAUUUUAAAAGAUUUUUACCCACAGUUUUAGGCAUGGUUUUUAAAAGUGUGGGAACAGCUUUAAAGAAGUAAAAAAAAUGUUUCAUCUGAUGGGGGAAUGAUACUGUUCAGCUGCAUGGUAAUACUGUAACAGAAUUUAUACUGAAAGAAUAAAUUAUAUUUCAAUGAAAUUG